UCCAGUGUACAGAGUCAGAAAGCCUCUUGGCUUUGAAGACCUACUUUUGGAUCUAACAAUCCCUUGAGAAGAGAAUAAGCACUCCCAGCAGCACUUAUCUUAAUUGUGUUGAGUUGCAGUAUCAUCUGGAUUAUAUGGAAUGGCCAAAGUGUCUUACCCAGAAAGGAGAAGGAAGCAGUAGCUGGGAGAUAGGGGGCAGCACCCACAAUGCAGGAGUGAGGGGAAAUAAUGGUAUCCACAAAGAUUGGGAAAAGGAUGAUGCUAGACUCAGUAAGCCACAAUACCUUUUUGCCCAGCACAAUGUUAUGUGAAUCCCUGAUGUCUUGGUCAGAACUGUUUGGAACAACUGAAGAAAACUACCCUCCAUUUGAUCAUCUAACGGGUUGUGAUUCUUCCUGGACGUCUGUUCACCCUGAGUACUGGACAAGAAACAAUGUCUGUGAGUGGCUACAGUUUUGUUGUGAUCAGUACAAACUGGAUGCCAACUGCAUUUCCUUUUCCCACUUUAACAUCAAUGGCCAACAACUGUGCAGCAUGACCCAAGAAGAGUUUCUAAAUGCUGCAGGCAUUUGUGGUGAAUACCUGUAUUUCAUCCUGCAAAACAUCAAGGCUCAUGGUGUCUCCUUCUUUCAUGACAAUGAAGAUACAAAGUCAUCUGAAAAAGACUAUAUUGAUAAGGCAUGUUUGAGGACAGGUGGCAUCAAGAGUCAAGAGUUUCAAAGUCACAGUAGAACAAGUCUACAGAGCUCUCACUUAUGGGAAUUUGUAAGAGACCUCCUCCUGUCUCCUGAGGAGAACUGUGGUAUUCUGGAAUGGGAAGACAGAGAUCAAGGCAUUUUUCGAGUUGUUAAAUCAGAUGGUCUGGCAAAGAUGUGGGGCCAACGAAAGAAAAAUGAUAGAAUGACCUAUGAAAAACUUAGCAGAGCACUCCGAUACUAUUAUAAAACUGGUAUUUUGGAACGAGUGGACAGGAGGUUAGUAUACAAGUUUGGAAAGAAUGCACAUGGAUGGCAAGAGAGCAAGUUAUGAAUUACCCUUUGCUCCAAACUCAGUGUCAAAUCUGCAACAUGAAGUCUCCGUGGGAAGUUCUCUGCCGGACCUCCCUAGAUUAAUAGCUGGAUAAAGCAACAAUAAUAGAUUUACUGGAUUGGACUGGGGGAUUGACUAGUCUCCAUAUGUUUUGGACUAUUGCCUGCAUAGCACUUACAUCACCCAUAAACUGCUGCAUAGACCUUUCCCAUAGACUGGUGUUAUAUAUGUAGCAUUAUUCUCAAUGCCCAGAAGAGCAGCAGUUUGCCAGUCAGGGCUUCCCAAAGCAUGUCCGCAGCUGUGUAGGAAUUCACAACUGCCCAUCGUGCUUUCUGAGGGAAAAAAUGAGGUAGCAACAAAGUAGCUAGCCUAAGCAUAAUUAGACCAGAAAGUAUGAAGAAGUUCUUUUUGGUAAGCAAUGCUAUCUUUUCAACCCAUCCAAGUCAGGAAGAAAAUGGGACAAUCUUAGCUGUGGAUUAGAUUCCCUCAGUUAAUCCAUAGUAGUGUCCUGACACAUUUAAAAUUUUAAAUAGAUUUCAAAGGAACACAUGACUGAAAUUUCAAAAUGGGCCCUUAAAUCUAUCAAUGUUUAUCAUCAACAUUUUCAUUCAUGGUGCUUCCUUCACUGUAUGCACUUUAGUGCAAAUAAUUAUUGCUUGUUUAUACUUGGUUGGUUGGUUACUGUAAGUCAUAUACUAUCUGACUUCAUCUUGUCUUACAUUCAGUUUUAUGGAAUGAAGUAUAUAAAGCCUGGGAAAGGCAGAAUGUAAAUAUUUUAAAUAAUUUUUUUAAAAAAAUAAGUAAGGGUUUCUUUACACACACACGCACACACACUUGUGAAAGCAAAAUACUGUGAUCUGUUAGAAGAGUAAUGAAAAAUAAGUUUGUGGAACCCUAUCCAGCUAUCCAGUAGUCUGGUGGAAUAAGACUGCAAUCCUAAACACACUUACUAGAGAGCAGUGAUUUGGGGGCUAAAAAAUAAGGUGCCAGUACUCAUAUCUUGAUAAAAGUGCCAUGGAUCCCAACACAAAUGGCCACCAUGGGCAGCAAUAAAGGGGGUGUCAUACUCUGUACCAGCACCAUCAUAAAAAAGCAUUGCUAAGAAGUAAACCCUGUUGAACCUCAGUAUGACAUACUUCUUAGAAAUGCUGUUAGUUAUAUAUCUGCCCCUCAUAUUCUUAUUUAGCCAGAAUGUCUUUUCCAUCCCUGCCUUCAAAUGAGACUAACAGCCUUACAGCAUCUUUAUACCAGGCAUUUGAAACUGUGAUGUUCCCCUUUCCCCACUUCCAAAAGAACCUACAGGUCUUUCUGGGGCUAGUGAAGUUUCUUUAUUUGCAUUCCAAGCCCUUUUCACAAAAUUUCAGUUGGUUAGGAAUCGGUACAGUUAAACAGACUGGAAAUGUAUUUAAAUGUAUAGUGAAGCCAUGCAAUUAGACUAUUCAGGUACGAGAAUUCAGGCUAUAUAAAUUCUUCUGAAUAUCUAUAACGGUCUAUGUCUGAGCAACAGAAUAGUUAUAUUUAAAGUGGUGUAUUCAUACAUACCAUAAUUUAAUAGCAAUUUUAGCCUUUUUAGGUUCAAGAUUCUACCUCAGGUGGUGUUUGACAGGUUUAACUGUGGGUUUUCAGAUAUCUUUAAAGCAGCAGGGCUUCUACAAACUUUGUAGGCCUCCCCUCUCAUGUCAGUUUUAGAGUUCAUAUUAAUUAUUCUAUCCUUUAAUGACUAGCACACCUAAACAGAUUACACAGAAGGCAGUUAUUCACAAGGAGUUGGCAGAGGUAAUAAAUCCCUCUUGGCAAACUGAUACUUUGUCAGGGGGACUCAAGCCCAUCUCAGGCCUGGGACAUGAGAGCUAUCAAGGUGUGAGCCACCACUAUCCAGCUCUGGCCAGAGAAGGGACCUGCAGGGGUUUCAACCAGACCAUGGUAGAAGCCUUGUAAGAACCAUGGACCACAAUGGGUCAAAGAGUAUUACUUGCUCUUUAACAGAUUUUAAGUCAAGCUUGUUCACUGAUUUGAACAAUUUUUAGGGAUUGGCUGCAGGUGCUACUUUCAGAUUUAAUGAUGACUUUGGUUACAUUCACGCCAUAUAUUUAAAACACCCGUAUACCAUUUUAACAGCCAUGACUUCCCCUAACAAAUCUUGGGAACUGUAGUUUGUUAAGGGUGCUGGGAACUAUAGCACUGUGAGGGGUAAGCUACAGUUUUCAGGAUUCGUUGGGGGAAGCCAUGACUGUUAACGAGUGCUUUAAAUGUAUGGUACAGAUAUGUGCCUUUCCCUUUGAAUCACUUCACCCCUGUGCCUUACCUCUCGACUAUGUGCCUUACCACUUGACUAUAGCUAGGACAAACUGACAUGCUUUUAAUGAACCAUUAAUCUUGGAGCUAUCUGUCCAUUCUGUUAUUUCUUCCAGCCUGUUGUCCUUUUUUAUGUAGUUGGCAAAGAAAUCUGGCACACCUCAUUUAUGUACUGUAAUUUUGCUUUGACCUUAUGCACAAAAUCUUCCACCCCAUCAUCCUUUUCCUUAUCUAUGUACUUGCUCACUGGGCAUAUUUUCAAUGAACUCCCAGUGGUACAAUUGCACUUUGUAGAAAAAAAUGCCCACAGUUUAUUGCACAGCACACAACUCCAAGAUCAAGCUGCAACAUGCAUUAUGUGCCUCUGUUUCUUAAGAGUUCUUAUUUCUGGAAGUCUUUCUUUUAAGUUACUGAACUAUAUUCAGGUUUUAUUUCAAGUGUAUAAACGUUGUGGAACUGGGAAAGGUGAUUCAGAGGCUAUGUCAUAUUCAUAGGUUUCUUUUUUUUAAAAAAUCAGCAACUCAGGAAGGUCAUCAAGAAUAUAGUUUACCCUAUCUGUGAAGUGCCAGUUCACAGGCCUUGCACUGCUUUUGUAUGAACAUGUGUCUUCCUAUAGGUGAAUUCUGGCUCUACUGUGCCUAAAAAGGCUGCAUCUAGUCUUAAUUCAUGUGAGUUUUCCUCACACCUUGUUGGCAGAUGCUUGUGGCCUUACUUCAUAGACCUUCAUAUAAUUUUUAUUUUUAAUUUGCCAUGUCCCAGCUCAAGACAAUUGUGAGGAAGUAUUGCCGUGCACAAGAUCCAUAUUUGACAUACCAUUGCAAACAUUUAAAAGGCAAGGUUUGUGAUGGCUGAGAUCUGAAUAGAGCAUGUAGUGAUUUCUCUACAUAGUCAGGCAAUAGGCCUGGAGCUGCAUAUACAGGCUUUUCAGCUUCUUUUACCAUACCUAUUUGCUGGUCAUAACCCUAUUCAUCUAGCAGGGUUGUUGAUUAAAUAAAAAAAAAAAACUAGGCACACUUACCAGUUCUUAAACCUUCCUCUACCCCCACAUUAUAAAUGGAACUUUCAAAAAUAGUUGCCCUGCAGCAUACUGUGGUUGGGUGAGGAGUUGCAAUUCAAAGAAAAAAGUGCAUCUAUAGAAGCUCCUGUAUUCAGGCCCCCAUAUAAUUUGUGAACAGAGUUGACAUGUUAUGCUCAGGUUUGCUGGCUAGUAAAGUAUUCUGGGCUGGAGUGUUGUGUUCAAGUCUGCUGGUGCUUUUCAAAAAGCCUUCCAUCUCCUUGGAGUUAACUGAAAUUGCACUAGAUUUUUCACAUCUAGAACAGAAUCCUUUCUUCCUUUCUUAUUGACAAACACCAUGCCACAUGACACACAGUUUUUUAAAGAAAUGUGAAUUAUUAUUAUUAUUAUUAUUAUUAUUAUCUUUAUCUUUAUUUAUACCCCGCCCUUUUUCCAAACUGGAACUCAAGGCGGCUUCCAGAUAAAAACAACUACACAUCAUUAAGAACCUAUAAAAAUAUAAAACAUAUAAACAUAUAAAAUCAGCAUUAAAACAGGAUUAAACUAUUAAGAUGUUAAAACCAAUUACUCUUAAAAUACUGCAACCCAGUUUAGGAGCAUACAGGCAAAACAAUAACAUACAGCAUCCUCUUCAGUCACUACCCUUAAAACCUUCAGUUCCAAAGGCCUGCCGGAAGAAAAAAGUCUUUAGCUGUCGGCGGAAAGACUGCACAGAGGAGGCCAUUCUUGCCUCCCUAGGGAGGGAGUUCCAGAGCCUAGGGGCAGCCACCGAAAAGGCCCUAUCUCGUGUCCCCACCAGUUGCACUUGUGAAGGUGUUGGAUUGUGAGAAGGGUCUCUCCUGAAGAUCUCAGGGCCCGGGCAGGUUCAUAUAGGGAGAUACGGUCUGACAGAUAGCCUGGACCUAAGCCGUAUAUUACAUUCCUUUAGAAGUAGCAGUGAAAGUCCAUAUAAAUUUACGAUGUCAAGUACAGCAUGGAUGUGGAUUUUAUUAUGUAUGCUUUUUUUAACAUGAAUGUCUGUACAAUAUUUUUGGAUUUGUGUAUUUUU